CUGUACUUUUGUGUACCUUAGUCUUGGCAUUUAAGAUUCCACUAGCAAUUCUUGCAUAUUUCACGUCUUUAUUCUUUGAUAAAGAAUGUUUGACACCAUCCUUAUAUCAACGUAUAACAGCGACCAUCCUUAAAACCUUUGAGUUAUACUUACCACUAUGGCUAUUAAGAAAAUUAUUUAGUGGAUCUGAAAAAUUCACUCGUGGAAGACAAAAUCAUUGGGUAAAGAAAUUGAAUACGAGUAACGAAGAAGAUGGAUGGGAAGGAUAUUUAAUUGCUGAUGGUGUUGAUCGUGCAGAAAUUGGAAAGGAUGCUGAUAUGAUUAUUUUAUACGCUCAUGGUGGUGGCUUCGUUUUCGGUGACGCUUUAUUUCUCUUAGAUACAUACAUCGAUUGGAUUAAAGCAUGGAAAUUGAGUUAUGGCGUUAGAACACAAAUCUUAUCACUAGAUUAUCUAUUGGCGCCUGAGCAUCCAUUCCCAGCUGCUAGAGAUAAUAUGUUGGAGUGUUAUCAAUGGCUUAUUAAUGAAAAGAAAAUUAGCCCAUCCAAAAUUGCUUUUGCUGGUGAUAGUUCAGGCGGAAAUUUGGCUAUAAUUAGCGCAAUACAUCUUAUAAAUCAAGCAUAUACCGAUCCUCCUGCUGCUCUUAUUUUACUUUCUCCUACAGUAUCCGGACUAGGAAAUACUCGAUCAUUCAUCGACAAUGCUUCGAAUGACAUCACAGAUGUUACCUGGUUCAACAAUAGCACAAAUUUAUAUAUUGGCGACUCAAAUCUUCUUCCAUCUUGUCCAAUGAUUUCUCCAUUAUUUGAAAGUCAACUUUUGGGUUUACCGAAAGUAUUUGCUUGCGUUGGAAGUUUUGACAUUUUUUUGGAUGAUGUUACAGCAUUUAUUGGAAAAUUACAACAAAAUAAUAUAAAAACAGAAUUCGUGGUAGAUGAUGCUAAUAUGCAUGGUUAUGCGGCAACUAGGGCAUUAAGUAGGGGUGGUGCUUAUGAUAACACCGUCAAACGCAUUGGAAAGUUUUUAUAUGGUGAAAAAAUUUGAUAAAAGAGUUAAAAGAGACGGACUCUAGAUAAUAUUUAUAGUUACAAUUAUUUUUUGUUUAUUUAUUUUUUAAAAAAAAAAAAUUUGCUUUUACACAAAAACUUAUCAUGUCUUAAUUUAGAUGUUU